CAUUCUCCUCCCUAUGAAACGGUCCUCAAUUCGGGUCCGGAUCAGUCGACCAGGAUGGCCGGCGUUACGCCAGGCAUCCCUGUCCCCAGCUGGCACCAUGGCCCUUCCACAGAGCCUAUCACGGACGAAGGAGGACCCCCAGCGACGAUCGGAGGCAGAGAGAGAGAGACCGGAUCCCCGCUCUCCUCGGACGAGGGCAAACCGCCAAGAGGCCACGGACCGCCAGGAAUCAAGGAAGGGCCGGGGCGGCGUGGCGGGUGAUUGGUGGAGGACGGGGUUCUGCACAGGCCGAGUGGAUUGGCUGAUGGGCGAUCGACUGGCGGUGGGA